GGGAAGGGAGGUCGGUGGGGCGGCUGGGGGAGGUGAGGGGCUCCCGAGCCGGCCCUCCUGCCUGGCGGGCCCGCCCCUGGGUUUCCGGCCUCUCCCGCCAAGCAUCUUCAGAGACUUCACAGACUCCGCUUGCUCCUGUUCUGCAGAGGAUUUUCGUUUCUGGUCAUGAGGGAUGGAGAUAGCUGAACUUCAGUCAUUAUCUAUUCGUGGAACAUACCAAGAGCAGAUUACUCACCUAGGCAGUUCUCUGAUGCAUCUAACAGGUCUAAAGUCUUUAGAUCUUUCACGCAACUCUUUGGUUAGCCUAGAGGGUAUUCAGUACCUAGUUUCUUUGGAAAGUCUCAACCUCUACUACAAUUACAUCUCCUCCUUAGCAGAAGUAUUUCGGCUCUACACCUUACCUGAACUCCAAGACGUGGACUUGCGGCUGAAUCCAGUUGUGAAGAAUGAGCCUGACUACCAACUAUUUGUGCUGCACGUGCUCCCCAGGAUCCAGCAGCUGGAUGAUCGUCUGGUGAGAAAAAGUGAGCGGAGGGCUUCCCAGCUACGUUUUGCUUUGGCGGACUCAUUCGACUCAAAGGAGAGCUUACCAGCUGCUUUUAAAGUUGGAAGGUCACACCACUUUAAGGUCAAGUGUGCUGAUGCUUCAGUCAAGAAGUGCUUGCUCAUGGAUGCAGCUGAUGAGGCGGUCCUGAACCUCAUUGCCGAGUGCGAGUGGGACCUUAACAAUCCUCCUAGGAGCAUGAGCUCCAGCCAGGAGCGAGAAGUCACCUUCCAUCACACCCAAGAGUCCAGACAUCUGCUGAACCCUCCAUCCUUCCAGCACCAGUGUGGGGACCUUGUGAGGAGGGGUCAUGAUAAGAAGAGAGCUGGUUCCAGCACGUGCUUCCUUGAGCAGCUGCCUCCACACCAGCCCUGUGGGGAUCUACCCCUACAGCAUGGGGAGCCUGAAGCCUGCUGUGCCCAUGGCCCACACAUCUGUACCAGCACCCACCCAGACUCCACAGAUAUUGAGGACUCUUCCUCUUCGAAGCCAAAUUUGUCAUCACAAAAGGUGUUAAAUCCUUUGCUGAUUGCUGAAAGAUACAGGAAACACAGGAUGCUUGGUGGGAGGUUCCAGACACUGUCAGACCAGGAGUGCCAGAGCUAUCUGGAGAGGGCUGGUGGGCCCUUCAGCCUCGGGGAGAGUCUGACCAUGCAGGACAGCUCAGGGGGCCGAAGCCAGAGAGCCUUUUCUCUCUUUGAGGCGUCAGAGGCUGAAGAGCACACAUCUCACAGCAUGACAUCUCACAGCAUGAGCAACUCCAGAGUGCCACCUUCCACAUCACACUUGGCAGCUCCAACGGGGAAGAGGGCUCCCCUGGAGGUGGUGCUCCUGGAGGCACUCCUUGACUUGGUGGACAAGCACUGGAGCGGCUGCAGGUCCCUGCACAGGAAUGAGAUGUUCCUUGCCCAGGCAAGGCACGUUCUGUCAUCUGUCCAAGAGUUGGCAGCAGCACAGGGCAGUGCAGCACCUGGAGAUGUAGAAGUCAGCUACCUGGCCCUUGAAAAUCAGUCUCUGCACACGCAGCUUUCUGAGCAGCAGCAACAGUACACUGCGACCAUGAGCAAGGUGACAGCAGAACUCAGCAGCACCCAGCAGGAGAUGGAUACCUUGAGACAGUGUUUAGAUAGAUCUUUGGAGGAGAAUAAUAGUUUAAAAUCUCUGGUGUUUAACAUGAAAAAAGAAGUAAAAAAUGGAGAAAUGUCAGCCGCGUUAAAUGUGCAGAUCUCUGGACUUCAGACGAGUGUCCAGCAACUGUGUGGUGAGGUUGUGGAGCUAAAGCAGCACCUCGAGCACUAUGACAAGAUUCAGGAGCUCACUCAGAUGUUGCAGGAGAGCCACAGCUCCCUGGUCAGCACCAACGAGCACCUCCUGCAGGAGCUGAGCCGGGAAAGGGAGCAGCACAGGGCAGAGGUGGAGCAGAUGCGCUGGAGCUUCCAGGAGCUCAAGAAGAUGGCAGCCCUGUUCCCACCCCGCUGCUGCAGCCUGGGGGGCCACCAGUCCUGUUGAUCCUGCCCGAAGCCAUGAGCCUCCUCUGCCUUUGGCAUAGCCCUGUGUGCGUUCCUUUGUGCUUCUGUUUGCUGGUGAGACUUGUUCUUUUGUGUUUGUAAUUACGUUUUCCUCAUUGAGACACAUUCAGGGACAGUAGCUCAGCUCUCUGAAGCACCGUAAAAUGACAGGGUGGACCCCAGGCCUUCACGUGUUUUGAGACAAACUGACAAUUGCUUUGUCAUCAGAAUACCCUGAGAUGGAGGCACCACAGCACUUUUCUUCCUAAUGUCAUACACUGUGCAGCUAAUUAAAGUAAUGAUUUGUGUGGCAGUCCUUAUUCAAUGAAUGAUAAAUUCUGAAAAGCUAAUUUUUAAGUGGCUCUUUAUAAAUUUUAAGUUUCUCAUUGACUUCUUUUAUAAAACAAGCUAUAUACCAUGGUAGAUGUGCAAGAAUAAGUAAGUUCCAAGAUUUAAUAAAAGUAGCACUUAGAAGAUGUGAGAAGAUCUAGGCGUAGUGGUACACUCGGGAGGCUGAGGCAGGAGGAUUGCCAUGAGUUCAAGGCCAGCCCGAACCUCAUAGUGAAACCCUGUCUCAAAAAAACAACAAAAAAGAAGAGAAAUAUUUUAAAAUACUGAUUUCCUUUAUUAACAUUUGAUAAUAAAAAUACC